GAACAAUUGAGUGGUAGAUGGUCUCUUAAUGGAAUGACUGUCCUUGUUACUGGUGGCACCAGAGGCAUUGGGCAUUCCAUAGUGGAAGAGUUAGCAGGAUUUGGAGCCAUAGUAUACACAUGUUCAAGAAACCAAAAGGAACUUAAUGAAAGGCUGCAAGAAUGGGUAGCAAAGGGUUUCAAAGUCUAUGGUUCAACUUGCGAUUUGGCUUCAAGAGCAGAAAGAGAGGAACUAAUGAAGAAUGUCUCUUCCACCUUCGACGGCAAGCUGAACAUACUGGUUAACAAUGCAGCAGCAAUUAUCUUGAGAAGAGCAACAGACCUUUCUGCUGAAGAUUUUUCACGUGUAUUGGGAACAAAUCUUGAGGGUCCUUACCACUUGUGUCAACUUGCGUAUCCGCUUCUGAAAGUAUCAGAAGCUAGAAGUAUUGUCUUUAUCUCAUCUGUGGCUGGUAGCACUGCAUUGCCGGGUACUUCAAUUUAUGGAAGUUCAAAAGGUGCAAUUAAUCAACUUACGAAGAGUUUGGCAUGCGAAUGGGCAAAGGACAAGAUCCGCGUCAACACAGUUGCACCACAUGGUGUGAAAACUACUCGUCCAAAACUUGAGGACUAUGAUGAAUCAAUUGCUCUACAGAUGAGGCCUAUUAUGUCUCGGACUCCUCUCCGCCCACUAGCCGAGCCAAAUGAGGUCUCACCACUGGUGGCAUUCCUCAGCCUUCCUGUUGCAUCAUUUAUCACAGGUCAGGUUAUUCAGGUAGAUGGAGGAUACUCAGCAGGUUCCUACUAGGAAAACAUCCCAGAAGUUUGAAUCUUUGUUCCAUAGUUUUGCAGUCAAAACUUGAAAGUUUUGGCAAAAUUGAUUCAAGGUAAAGAUGUGUAAGAACAAA